AUGCGGUGCCCGACGGCGGGGCAGCUGCUGUUGUUCCCGGCUGUUGUUUGUGCGGGCAGCCCUCACAAUGACCAAGCGGUCUUCCAGCCCAGUGCCGGCCUCUUCAGCGGCAGGUCCUUUGACACCGCGCUGAAAGUUCCCCGCCCGCCUGCGGGCUGGAUCACUCAGCGCGUCGUCCUCGAAGUGCCACAGGGGAUCGAGGACGUGAGGCCUGAGACCAAGCCGGGUUGGUCCGCGUUCCGCGCUCCCGGAGUGAUGGUCUUCGAGUCCUCGGACUCGGCCGAGACGGCGCUAGAGUUUCAGCUGCGACUUCGGGCGGGCUGCGAAUUCGCGAAUGGUUCGCAGGCAGUCGAAUUGUCCGGGAUGCGGGUGCUGCUCUGGCGCAUGGUGCAGCACCUGCGCGGCGAGGGGGCGGGAAACAGCUCCGCCGCGGACGCCUCGGAUACUUUGCAGUGGACGCCCUGGACUUCAGUGACUUCCAGCUCUACCUGCGGCGGAAUGAAGGGGAUGAUCUGGCUUGGCCGCUUCGUGCCGCCGGAAGAGGGGCUUGCCAAGGCCUCCGACCAGAAGAGGGUCGUUGGCAUCGAAGAGGAUCGGACCUUCGACGGUUCCGACUAUCGCCGGCAUGACCAUUCUGCUGACCACAGGAAGGGCGGAAUGCGAGGAGGCCAUGCAGGCAUGGUCUUUGGCAGCCCAAACCCCGGCGAUCAGAAGGUCCAAGUGCACCAGUGGCGAAAGAUCCAGGAGGCGAUCGGCACACUGGGCCUUGUUAUGUUCAUCGUCCUUCUGGGUUCCGUUGCGUUGGCUGUGGCCAUGGCUUUCUGGGCGAAGCUGCUUUUCUUUACCAGCACGGCGCGCCAGGCGCUCCUCAAGGACCGCUACUCGCCUGCUGCCACGGAGAUCGUGGACGAGCCAGUGCCAAGCGCCGACGAGGAUUUGGCAGAUGCGCAGACGAUUGGCAGAAGGCGGUGA